AUAUGCACACUCACAGCGUUAUGUAGUAUGCUCUAGUUCCCAUCAAGACUUAAACUUGUUUGAUUGUAGGUGAAUACGUUGUAAAUGCAGAUAAAGAAAUCUGGUGACCCAGGCGCAACAAUGUCGACGAAGUUAAGCAGUUUUUGUUGCAUUUCUGUGUCAGUAAAAAGGAUUUAAGGAGGUGAAAAAACGAAUAGAUAUUUGUGAUGAAAGUGCAUACACUAUGACUGAGAGGUGGUCAAUAAAACUGUGGUAUAUCAAUGUAAAUAGACCCAAUUUUAAAAAUGUGCUUUAACUACGGGUGUUUGUUUGUCAUACUCUAUGGAGUGUCAGUGUUUGUCAUUGUAUCAGGUACAAAUAUACCUCAAGAAGACGUGGUGUUUUCAACCAUUAAUACCUUGGAAGUAAAAAAAAAUAGUCACGUGGUCAUUGACUGCAACGUGACGUCACGAGCGCCCGUUCUUUCGUUCACAUGGCGCCACAACGGCCAGAUCAUCAAGCUACCUCAGAAGCGGGUCUUCAUGGCAACAAACGGGUCAUUAGUCAUCGACAAAAUCACUAGCAAAAGUCGGAGGGAUGACAGCGGUCUGUACGAAUGCCACGUGACUAACGCGUUAGGUGCUUUCAUAAGGGCUAUGAUAAAUGUCGUCAUUGCCAAGUCCUCUGUCACAAUAUCACCAGAAUCUGCUAACGUCACCGAAAGUGGCAUUGCUAGAUUUGUGUGCACGUCGACCAUAGAUGAGAAUUCACCUCACGUGUUUGCUUGGAAACACCCAGAUGGAACACACAUCCCCUCAACUGACCUCAGGAUUACUUCAAUCGCGGGCAUUCUUCAGAUCCACAACGUAACACGCGCUGACGCGGGAAAGUACACGUGUCAGGUGUUUCAUCCCUCACGUGGUACAGAGUUUGAAGAAAUCAGUGCCUUGCUCAAUGUUCAACCAGGUGUCCCCCGUAUCUCCCCUAUACUGCUGACUGCUCCCCAGACGGUGCGAGCCAGACUGGACACGACGGCCGUCAUGGAGUGUCUCGUCGAGGGCGGACGUGACAUCAAACUAUAUUGGAAUUACACCACAACCGGCGAAAUCAAGACCCCGUCUAACGGCCGUCUUCUCAAGGUCGGCAAUUCAAACCUCGUGAUUAGUCACGUGAUGGAGUCAGACGCCGGCGGGUAUACGUGCACCGUGAAGCACGCGGAUGGUGCCGACAUAGUGCGCCAUUACACACUCGAAGUUCUGGUUCCUCCAGUCUUUGUGAAGCGCCCCCAAACAUCGCAAACCCAGGUACUCUCCCAGAGGCAGUCACUCGUGUGCGAAGCACGUGGCUACCCCGAACCUGAAAUCAUGUGGUUCAAAAAUGGUCUCCGACUUUACCACACACUUCACACACUUGGUCACGAGCUACAAGAUACGAUCUGGUUGUAUGGAUUGACAGACGACGCUGGCUACUAUCAGUGCAUUGCCAACAACAGUGCCGGUAUCGCAAUGACGGUUACGUGGAUCGACUUUCGAAGACAACCCAACACUCCGGGUACUGUAAGGAACUUGACAGUCGUUGCACGGACAUCGACCACAGUAUCCCUGAAGUGGGAAGCUGCGCCAUAUCCGGACUUGUUUCCCAUCGUUGCAUAUACCUGGAGCUACAGAACAGUCCCAGAAACCGACUGCCCUGGGCAUUGCCAGCACUUGAUGGCGUACCAUAUCGAGACCGCGGUCACGACGAGUACAAAGGUGGAGGGUCUACUUCCGUUCACGCAGUAUGCCUUCGCCGUUCAGGCCUUUAACGCAAAAGGGGCCGGGCCUCACUCGCAAUCGGUCAUGACAAGGACUCUCGAAGACGUUCCAACUAGCAUCCCGGAUGUUGAGAUAUCCCACGAUUCAGCAACCAGUUUUCGGGUCAAAUGGUCUGAACUGCCGGAGGAUCAACGGAUGGGUGUCAUCACAAGAUACAAGCUGUGCUAUGGCGUCAAAGAAAAAAUGAUGACAGUCAAAAUAUUUCCAUCCAAUACUUACGAAUAUCUUGUAACAGGACUUGAGCCCGACCACGAGUAUUCCAUUCUGGUUCUGGCCGGGACCUCGGCAGGGUUUCCGGAAGUCGGCGAGAACUGCAUGCCGGUAUACGAGCAUGCAUGGAAAUCAUACAGGACUGCUAAAUCAACAAAAAAUGAAUCCUCGGACAUUGUCCUUAAAGUUAAUGCCGUAAACUCGAGUGCCGUGCAACUGAGCUGGUCGCAAAUUAACGUCUCCGGCAUGGCGGGCUACCGUGUAUUGGUGCAGCCGUUGAUUAACGUGGGUCCGGUGCAGGAGUUCACCCUUCUGUUGGAGACCCGCGACGUUCUCGUGAACGGUUUAGUUGACCGAGAGUUUUACCAGAUCGAUUUCGACGUGCGCAGUUCCAGCAACGAGGUAAUGGACCACGUAGUCGCUUGGCACCAGGCAAUAGCCCCCGGGGACACGCCAGACCCCCCUCCGCCCAUCAUUCGCGAACCCUUCUCCUCCUCCGACACCACUAUCGACCUGUUCUGGGAUAUUCCCAUGACAACCAUGAGCAUCACGAGAUAUACGAUCCGUUAUGAACAUCAGGGGUCGCUCGAUCCUCCAAUUGAGAUAACAACUAAAGGCACGUCAAUAACUCUCCGGAGCCUACAGCCGUUCACCUGGUACGUCAUUUCCGCGCGUUCUCAUACUAACACGACCAGCGGGCCGUUCAGCAAACCUAUGAUAGUCCAGACCAUGGAAGGGGUUCCUUCACCGCCUGAAAACGUAUUAGCAGAGAAUGUGUCACCCGGUAAGAUAAAACUUCAGUGGGGACCACCGAGGGAACAGAACGGCAUUAUUACCUUCUACAUCAUCUAUUACACACCCGGAAAUCCAGUACAAGGCAUGAAAUGGUCAUCGAUACAGCAAAACGCUACCACUACUUCGGUCGUGUUGGAGGACCUUACCAGCCAAGUGUAUUACUUUAAACUCGGGGCCUGCACUAACGCCGGCGAGGGCCAAAAAACUCAGGUGUUCAGCAUUACCGUUAAAACACACCCCUGUGACACGUGCGCAGAAUGUCCUCUCAGCGGACAGUGUCAGCCAUCUGGGAAAAAAGACGAAAACAACGACGACUUCCGCCAAAAGCUCGGUAUUCUGAUUGGCUGUGGCGUGGGACUCAUUUGUAUCAUCGUCUGCGUCACAUUUGUCAUCUACAAACACAGGCAUUUAAGUCGACUGUAUGCCCAAAGAGCGGAUGCGAAAAGCCUCACAAGUCAGGUAAUUGUACCAACGGCGGUGCGUUUUUCAAGACACGCAGCAGCCCAUUCUCCUAUGCUUGAACGGAUGCUGACUGAUAUAGAUGUCGAAUCACAGGAAAACGCAUCUAGAAAGACCCUAUUGGAAGGUUCCAGCGAUACGAACGUCAACACGGGUACGUUAUCGUCGACAGCGAAUUCGAUAGAGGUCUCUCCUGUGAGCAUUGACUGCUUCAGUAUGUACCCAGAUGAUGACAUUACAGACACGGAUGAUGUGCAAUGUAUGCACGAGGACAUGCAUCCCCGCUCCGAAAGUCUGGCAUAACAACGUCAAGACUGGUGAUAUUCAACAUAUAUCUUGAAUCUUUUGUAAAGCGGGCAUGCAUUCUGCACCGGACUGUCAGUUGUUAUUCAUGUUGUUAUGAAAACAUUUGACAGAACGUACUAAACACGGGUUUCUUCCAUUAAAGACUGUUUGUUAAUAGUCAAUACUAAUAUAAGUUAACUACCUCAACAAAAUUUCACACAGGGACAAAGCCUUAAGUGUGCUCUUUGGCGAUCAAUCACCGCAUGGGGUCUCCUGGAAACAAAAACCGAUGCUGAUAAAGAUGAAUGCCUUCUGGUUAUUGGUUUCCAGAUGGCUUCAGUAGUUGACGUGCCAUUUGUCAGGUAUUUGGGUGGCCUCAUUUGUGGAUGUUUGUUAUCAGGGAAAUUCUGACAGUUCGGGUUUUAUAAAUAGUAUUAAUGGAUCUGUAUAACGCGUAGUUGUAUUUAAUGUAGUAAAAUAUUUUAAUUGUAUUUCCUUGUUUAUUGUUCUUAUUCUUGCCUGUUUAUGAUACAUUUUCAAACAUUAAUGUUCAUUUUUGGCAGAUCUGGAAUGAGGGAUAUCUCAUUUCACAACCGUACAUUUUGCAUUGUUGCACAUUCAUUUUAUAAAGUAAUGUUCAAUUGUCCAAAACAAGAUACAUUGAUGUCAGUUGAAUAUAGUAAGCAAAGUAGUAUAGAAGUUGUAAUAACAUUUAUUUCUUACUUACAAUAACCUCAAAAUGUAUUAAAUUGAUUAUUACUCGUAUAAAUAUUUUCAUGGUCAAAUAAGCAAAAUAAUUGUUUGUUUAUUUUCAAAUUAAUGUGUCACGUGUUUGCUCUGAUAUGGUGAAGCAUUGUUUAUCUAACAUAAUUAAAGUACUGUGUUUGAUGUGUCAAAUGUUAUCGAUGUAUAUACUUGAACUUCUUGUAAACUAAAAAUAACCAUUUGAAAUAGUAUGAACUAUUUAUCAUAAUGGGGCCUCACAUUUUAUUUGUAUAAUUUAUUUUUCUUUAUAAAAUGGUGUUUCACCAUUUUAAUGAUCUUCAUGUUUUUUUUAAUCAUCAAAAUAAUCAACCUUCAGGCGCCUAAUGAGAAACAUAAUGUUUAACUGCAGUUUUGAAACGUGAAUUUUCUCUGGAUGCAAGCCUAACUUGUAAAUUGUAUUUAUCUUUCAUCAUAAUCGACCUUUAGUUUCUUCCAGUUUAAUUAAUUUGACCCUUUCCCACUCUGAGCCAAAGUGAAAAUGGCUAUAUGCAAACAGCAUGCAUCCAGAAUUGUUUGCUGCUCAUCAGUAUCUAAGGUUUGGAGAUGAAGCCUUAAAACCUUGAAUCUAGAAAGAAAGGUCUUAAAUUAAAUAUAACUUUCUAAGGGACUACACAUUCGUGAAAAUACGUAUCUAAGUGGUAAAGGGUUAAUGCGCUUGUUUUGUAAAUACUUUUAUGCUAACUCGCACUCAUCCAAACGCACACGCCUAAUAGUCUCAAUGCAGUCUCCACAUACAGUUACUUACCUGAUAAUACACGUGUGCUGCUUUAACAAUUUACCUCACACUUGGACCAUAUGUACCAUAUCUGCAUGGAGGUUAGAUUCUUUGACAUGUUGCAUUAUCUUUCCCUCUCUAGAUAUAAGUUGUACGUUUUGUUUUCAAUAUAUUUUUCGUGUUUUGAAACAUCAUCAGGUUUCUUAAUUGUGUUCAGUUCCUUCUAUCACACAGCUUAAAAGGCACGGGAUGCCCUUAAGGCCCAGCAUCUUCAAGUUUAUUAAGUUAUCAAAAACAAUUUAAGGAAAAUACAUAGUUACAGGAAAAUGUAACUCGCUCUGAACGAGUUCUCUUGACCAGAUCUUUUGAAAUUAACUAUAUGAACUUCGUUCUGGGGGCACUGGACUUUAAGCAUGUUCUCUUUAAGUGUCAUUCAAAAUGAGCCUGUGCAGUCGGUACAUGUUAAUCAGAUAUGGCAGAUAACACUUUAAUUGCAAUUUUCGUUCAAAGGAGGUCUUUUCUUAACGAAAACUUUUGGCGGAUAGUGUCGUCCCUGAUUAGCCUUUUAGGACUGCACAGGCUUACUGGCAAUAACACGCACAUGCAUUAAAUCCAGUUUUGCCAGAAUGAGCCUAUUAAGACCAUUAUCUGUCAAUACCUAGCUAGUGUAGUAUUUUACAAACAUGCUUUAUAAAGCUCGGCACUGACGCAAAUACUGGUGACGAAUCGAACAAAAAGGAUGCAUCCGAUCAUUAUUUUAAAAAUAGUGCACACUUUAAUUAAAAAUAAUGUACAGUUAUCUCAUCAAUUUUAUAUAAGCUCGGAACUUCAUUACUUAAAUAUUUUAAUGUUAUUAUUACCUCUUUAUUCAGGUCAUUGUUUUCAUCAUAUGUUUCAAAACAAUUGUGCUAGAUGUAAAUACCUCAACUAUUGUAAGUGUGUUGUUUAUAUUUAAUUCAAGUUAUACAAUUGUAUUACAUGCCCAUUUUCAUAUGUCUGUGUUGUGUUGCCUUUAAGUGUUUCAAUCGUAACUUGAUGUAUUAAAUAUACGUUUGUGUCUAAAGUUGGAAUUGUAAUGUUGCUAUAAUGCACAUGUAUUUGUUUUCUUUGAUACAGUUGAUAAAUAAUUGUUCGUGUUGCCUGUAAACAAAUCUAUUUAGUCAGUUAAAAUGUAUGCAUGUACAAACAUUGUAUGGUUCAAAUAAUCGUUUAAUAGAUUUUAUCGGAUUUAACUAUAUAAGUGAGCAACUUUACGUCACUUAAAGCAUUUAUAUGUUAUGUAUGUCGAUUACUGCAAUUACCUCAAGAUGACUGCUCGCAGGAUAAAUUAGCCGAGUCGUGCGAAAAUUGGUUUUAGGACAUAUCCGAACAGUGUAACUUCGUGGUUCUGAAUUCGCAUACUUUGAUGAGAAGUCAUAAUAUUCGCUAAAAAGACCACGAAGACUUGCGUGACUUUUAAGCGGACAGGUUAGCUCCUCAACAGACUGUGGGAAUGCAAAUGCGCAUUUGUCUUAAGACCCAUUUUAGUACAAUGCGGUUCUAAUCAAACACGUUUGAUGGUGUUAUCUGUAGUGAUUUUAAGCAGCGUUAAAAUAGUAGAAGAUUUAGACAAACUUGUUAACCUCGAUAGAUAAGAAUUUUGAGUUUCAGCAUUGUUGCAACCCUUGUUAUUAUUUUCAUACAUCUUGUAUAAAUAUAUUGCAACUUUAGUCAUGGCAUUGGAACGCAGUCCUCAGGAAUAUUUUUUUGGGUAGAUACCUGGCCAGGUUUCGUUUGCUUCACAAAACCUCAGGGUUCAAAUGUAAAUCUUGAAUAACCUUGUUUAAUUAAUAGUGUGGGGCACUUUUUACACUACCGAAUAUACCGCUUGUCACAGUACAGAAGGUGAUUUUGGUUUAACCAUAUACCAUAGUAUAUAAUUGCCUCACAGCCACUGCAAAUUUUGCUAAAUAUAUUUGACUUUGUGAGGUGCUUGGUACAACAGGCCCGAUUGCUAACUUAUGGUCAAGGUGUAAUACUAAUUGAUGUUAAAAUGUAAGACAUACUUUUACAGCUGUAUAAUAGAAGCGGUAUAUGCGGAUAUAACUUCAACUAUUGUUAUAGCUAUAGUAUUGCAGUUUUUUCGUUCCUUCUUUAUUUAAACAUUUAUGUGUGAUUACUAAUACUUUUAAGAGGUUUCACAUAUGUUUAUUACGGUAUCCUACUAUUUCUUCAUUAUCCUAUGUAAAUGGUUUUGAACGGGUUUGAAAGAAUAUGACAUUGAACUGAAAGUGUUGUAUCUAACGUUUCAAAUUAACACAAUGAAAGGUAACUUGUAAAUGUAUGUCGAUUUAUGUAUAAUGUUCUACGUGUGAUAACUUAUGUUUGAUCUAUUAUUCAUCGGUCAUAUAAAUUAUGAAUCACUGAUUGAUUGUUUUGUCUAAAGAAAUGUUGCUAUUAAAAGAAUACAAUUAAAUAUUAGGCUUCAACUCUAAUGUGUUGCACAUUUUUUUCUGUGCAAAACUUUCAGCUUGAACAAAUGAAUUGAAACUAAAAAAAACAGAGUACCAUGGCGACGAGCAGUUCUUGUUUUGGUCAUGGUUCACCAAUUCAUUUUAAGUAAGAUAUAUAGUUGGAUUUCAGCGAUAUUUAAGAGUAAGAAUAAUGUGUCUCUCUUUUUCAAAUAAAGUUAUAUUUACAAUAAGCCAACCCAUAAAUAAAUGUCUUCUUUAAGUAGAUUGCGCUAUUGCAUUCUUCAGUUACAAAUGCCUUAGAUGCACAAGGAUAAUAUGUAAGAUAUUUUUUACAAAAAGAAAAACGCUCAUUUCACUGACAGCUCUUUAAGCAAAGGCAGUUGUGUAUAUGAAAAUAUAAGUGUACAUUUUAACAUUUACAAUCGCACCAUACAAAGUUUAUCCGUUUAUUGUUGUACUCGUUUGUUGUAGAAUGUGUGUUUGCUGUAAUAAAGGCUUACAAAAUAA